CUCAUCCACCGCUAACAACAACAGUUACAAGCCUUUUGGUACAUUCCUUAUUUGUUCACCAUCGGCCUGUGCUUGUUUCAACGACCCUGUUUCAGUCCUCUCUGUCUUGGUGGCUACUGGUGGGUAGCUUCAGAUGCCCAACCUAGAUUAUGGAAAGCUAUUGGAAGAUCUUACCAAUCAGAUGAUUGUCUCCAAGGGAGUUUCGCAACUAUGGGGGUCGAGAGGCGAUACGCUUCGAGCUGGAAUAAUACUUCAACUGGACGCAAUUGGAGUUGAAAGAACCCAGGAGAACAACGAAGAAGACACCUUGAUUACAGACAUGGAGAGCCGGGAAAGAAAAAAUCACCAUUGUCAUGUGACGCAAAUCUCCAAUACUGAAAAGAAACUGAAUGAAAUGAAGAUAAACAUGGCCCAACUUGAGUGGUACAAGAAAACCUGCUCGACUGGUAUGGGCUAUUAUGACUGCUUUAAGGGUAAGGCUGACCGAAGGAACAUACACAUUGUGAAGUAUAAGAUAGGCCUCACGAAAUACUGGGAAGUUGUCAAAGAAGCAGAAACGAAGCCCCAGAAACAAGGGAGUCCCUUGCCAAUGCGUCAGCUCAACGCAGGAACAAACUACAGGAGAAUGGUCGAACCUCUUGAUAUUGCCGAGCAUUACAAGAAAAAUAAUACAGAUUACCGCACAACAGGAAGGGCCAAGCAUUAUGAAUUGUUGGAGAAAUGGUUGGAGGAGCAGGAGAGAGCUGGAGGGAAUGAGAGUAACUCGGGGACAAGGGACAAGGCUGUUACUUUAACAUGGGAUUCUUGCUUCUGUGCAGAAGUGGAGAAUGCUUUGAUUUGGACCAAAUCAUUGAAAAAUGGAGAAGCUGUGGGGGAACCAGAAGAAGAACCAUGUAUAGAAAAACUGAAUAAAUUUGAGGAGUACGUGAUGGGCUUGAUUGAUGGAUUGGCCGUGUCUCCAGAGAUUUUCUUGAAGGAGAGUACCUUUAUGCAAUGGUGGAAAGUGUAUGAGACAAUUCCAGGGCGUAAUCGUAGUUCCCGGUUAGCAAACUUCAUGGAGAAUAAAUGUUACCAAAACUAUAUCUGAUUAUGUAGAAAGCAUUCCACUGUCUCCUAUAUUAUUACCCUUCUCUCCCCUUGCAGAACUUGUAUAGAAAAUUGAUAGCAGUAAAGUAUAUCUGAUUGUAUUUUGUUCAUUCAUCUCCCUCUCCUUCUCCCUUUCUGUGUGCAUAAAAAUGUAUCCUCCCUCUUCUUUUGUUUUAUAUUAUGCAACGAUCAACUAAGAUAAAAGUGGAGAUCAAAUUCAAG